AUGGAUCCUGACUACUCAUACUGCUCCUUCAAGCGGCGUAUCCUGCUAUGCUCGACUGUCGGCGGGUUCACCCACGCCGCCCCGGUCCUCGAGCUCGGCGCUGUACUCGCAGCCCGCGACCACGAAGUCCACUUCGGAACCAACUCCGGCCAGGAGCACUGGGCGUCAGACUAUCCAUCCAUCACCCGCGUCCACAGCUUCGGUCCAGCCAUGCCAGACGCCGACGCCGAAGCGCACUACGCGCACAUGAUACAGUGGCGGCCCAGCGACGGCGUCGGAUCCAUCAUGGAAUCCAAGUAUCUCUUUGACUGCUACUGGCCGGACACUUGGUUCCAUUUACGCGAACUCAUGCUCGACACAGAAAUCAAGCCUGACAUGAUUAUCGCAGACUUUUUUGUCGAGGCCGCGGCCAAAGAUAUGAUGAUUGAGUUUGGCGUCCCCAUUGCCGUCAUGCGGCCGCAGAUGCCGUAUCUCCUGGCGCCUGUGAGUUAUAUCCCCGGCCAGCCGGGCUUCCAGGUCGAUUUCACGCCCACGUCGGAGAAGGCUUCGAUUUGGUUCCGUAUCAGGAAUGAGAUUGUCUUGUUCUGGGCGCUGCCGCAUGUUUUUGCGUGGAUCAGCUGGACACGGGAGAUGCGGAAACGACAAGUCGUGAAGCAUUCGGUUCCAGUGGCGCCUAAACCGAACCACCUUGUGUUUGUCAACUGA